CUAGAAUGACAUUAUGUGGUAGGUGUGAGAGGUCAGAUCUGGUCAGUUUGAAUGUAAAACAUCGUUUGACAACCAAUGCUGGUGUGUGCCCGUGGGGCAUGUCAAAGCUAGGCCGAAACAGCUGGAGAAGCGACCCAAAGUCGAUGUCAAAGAUUACACGAUAGCAAAUGUUAAAAACACAACUAUGGGCCGCAUGCCGGGGACUGUCGAUGGACAGCAGUUUAUUAUAGAAAAAUGCGAGGAUACCAAUAUUUACAUCUUUGACCAUUCAGCAUCCGUGACCAUCGAUGACUGUAUCAACUGCAGAAUAUUUCUGGGACCAGUGAAAACAAGACACCGCCAACAUAGGACGCAUCUUAGUCUUAUCAUUAAUGGUAUGAAACUGAAACAUUUCCGAAGUGCACAACUGAGCACCUUCAACAACAACUGGAGCAGUAUUUUCGAUUUCACACAAGUCGCUGGAAUGCCAAACCUAUCCCUUUUACCUGCGGACAUCAAAGUUGAAGAUUACAUUCCAUUACCAACUGUAGAACCUUUCAACAGCCUUGAAAUUGAUACAGACCCACUGCGAAGUGUCGUACCAGUUACAUUAGGCUCGCGAGAACGGUCAUCAGAAGAGUCAUGUUUGAUAGUGUUCUUCAGUGAUGGCAGUUCACAUGACCGCGCUGUGCGGUUCAUUGAGAAAAUGAAAACAGAACAUCCGGAGGUAUCAUUGCUACAGAGCAGCGAAGUUGAAAUGGAGAAAGAUGAAGUGGAACGAGUCUUUGGAAGCCUGUCUUACCAAGCUGCAGCAAAACAAGGUGAGUAUUAA